GGGAAUUGACGUGGUGAGAAACAAGAUCAAGAUGUUUGCUCAACAGAAAGUCACACUGCCCAAAGGACGCCACAAGAUCAUUAUCUUGGACGAAGCUGACAGCAUGACUGAUGGAGCUCAGCAGGCGCUCAGGAGGAUCAUGGAGAUCUACUCCAAGACGACUCGCUUCGCUCUGGCGUGUAACGCCUCCGAUAAAAUCAUCGAGCCGAUCCAGUCUCGCUGCGCCGUGCUGCGUUACUCCAAGCUGACAGACGGGCAGAUCCUGGCCCGUCUGCAGGAGGUGGUGGAGAAGGAGAGUCUGUCCGUGUCUGAUGAUGGACUGGAGGCCGUCAUCUUCACCGCCCAGGGAGACAUGAGACAGGCGCUCAACAACCUGCAGUCCACAAACUCGGGCUUCGGCUACAUCAACAGUGAGAACGUGUUCAAAGUGUGCGACGAGCCCCACCCCCUGCUGGUGAAAAGCAUGCUGGGACACUGCGUGGACGGGGACAUUGACAAGGCCUAUAAGGUGAUUGAGCAGCUGUGGGCGCUGGGUUACUCUCCAGAGGACAUCAUCGGGAACAUCUUCAGGGUCUGCAAGACGUACCAGAUGGCCGAGUACCUCAAACUGGAGUUCAUCAAGGAGAUCGGCUACACUCACAUGAGGGUGGCUGAAGGUGUGAACUCUCUGCUGCAGAUGGCCGGUCUGUUGGCUCGACUCUGCAGCAAGACAGCGCCCCCUGUUGCCAGCUGAACCCAACACCACCCCCCCUGAUGGAGCUGCUACCUCCUCACAGCAGCAGACUGAUAGAACAGAGCAGUGUGUGUUUUGACGUGUGUGUUCACAUUUUGUAUAGAAAUAAUAAAGAGUCAUUUUCA